UUAACACUUACUAAAGGAGGAAGACGUCCUGUACUUUGGUUAUGCAUAAUUUUUCACGGUUUGGUUGUUGAGUGUAUAUGUUAUCUCAUGGAUGAAAUAGACAAUUUUUGGCACAGUCGUGCACCAAUUAUGUUUUUCCGACAUAGGCUUCCGUUGUAUGUUAUAAUCUUAUAUUCAGUUUUUUAUUACAUAGCAAUUGAAAUAGCUUAUAGAACAAACAAAACAAAAAUAGGCUUCAUAGUUACUGUAGGAUUAAAUGUAUUUUUAAUUGAUUUACCAUAUGAUAUUAUGGAUAUAAAAUUUGUCCAUUGGACCUGGCACGAUACUGAUCCAAACAUAGGGAACCGAAUAUAUUGGGUACCAUUGACUUCUUAUUAUUUUCAUAUGGUGUUUUCUACAAGUUUUAAUUUUUGGUUUUUCAUUAAAUAUGUUGAUCUUGAUCAAACGUAUACAUCUAGAAUAGAGAUUUCGACUUCACUAAAAGCAAUAUUCCUUAGUACACCUUGCGGAAUAUUAUGCUUUUCUGUACUCUAUCAUCCAUUACAUGAUCUGUACAACGUUCCAACACAAAUAAUAAUUAUGUUUUUAAUAGCAUUAUACAUCAUGUUAUUUAUUUUAAAACGCAAACCUAGACAAAUGUUUAACCGUCCAUUAACUAUAAUUUUUUAUCUUAUCAUGUACUAUGCAACAUUUUUAUGUUUUGCAAUAUGGGGAAAACCGGAAAAUGAAAUUUCAAUUGGACCUCAUGAAGAAAUCGGUCCGUGUAAUAUUACAGUAUCAUCUUUUGGAACGGAAUUAAAAAAACGUAAAUAUUUAUGUAUUGAAGACUAUAAUGAAGAUUUUGAUUUUCACUGUGUAAAAGAUGUACCUGCUCAACAUAGCCAAAUUUAUACAAUAUGUGGAACACCUUUUAAUAAUCGGAUUGAAUAUAUUAUUUUAAUAAUCACAAUAACUAUAAUAGCAUUUACACAUUUUAAUGAAUCAUUUAAAAUAAUAAAACAAAUUAAAAAAUCUCAUUGAUUAUAUCAAAAGUUUAUUAAGCUAGAGAAAUAUGAAAAAAAUAAUAAUAGUAUGAAUAAAUUUGUUUACAAAUAA